AUGGAAGGUGGUCACAACAAGGACACCAAGACGUCGAGCGGUGAGGCCGGCUCCCCGGAGCCAGCGAGCGAUGAUGCCGGGACCAUGCGAUCCUACUAUGAGUGCAUGUUUUGCAAGAGGGGGUUCACCACCGCACAAGCCCUGGGCGGCCACAUGAACAUCCACCGGAAAGAUCGAGCUAGGAUGCAGCAUGGCCGGAUGGCGUCUUCGGUCUCUGGAAAGGCCGAAGAGGACUCAGAAGGCUAUGGAUAUAAUAAACCAUACUCCAACCAAAAUCGGACCUUCUAUCCUCGGGUCUCCGAGUCCUUGAAGAACUAUAACUUGUACUUCCCGCCGGCAUCAUCUUCCGGUGGUAGGGAUACAAGGGUGGCUGCGGAUGAUGAUAUGGGCUCGCAGAGGCAAGGCGAGCUGAGCCUUUUUGGUCAGGAGCUGCAGCUGGGCUUGGGCACGCAUUUUGAUGACGACUCAAGAGCGGUGUGUGAAGAAGAGAAGAGGAAGGAUGAUGAUGAUGAAGAGGAACUCGAUUUAGAGCUUAGGCUGGGCCAUCAGCCCUAG